GCAACUUAUUUAUCACACAAACGUAGGGUAUUUAAUCCUCGGCUAUCUGAAAUUUAGUAUUCCUUGUGGUUGCCUAGCAACGUUGGCAUAACACAAAUCCCGAUUUUCUGGCUAAAAAUGUUGAAAACUUUCAGCAAGGCGGAUAUAACCCAGCAGAAUAUGCUCUGGGAGGAUAAGGAAGUCAAAUUCGAUGUACCUCAACUGCACACACGUUUGCACAGCGGCGAGAAAAUAUUGGACACGAUCAACCAUAUAGAGGAUAGCAAAGGAAAUCCCGGAGAUACCGGAAAGCUGCUGGUUACCAAUCUGCGCAUCCUUUGGCACUCGCUGGUCCAUAAGAAGUUUAAUUUGUCCAUUGGCUAUGCCCGAAUAGGAACCACCAAUACGCGGGUGGUGCACAUGCACACCAAAGGCCGCAUACCUAGUCAAGCGCUCUACAUUUUGGCCAUUAGCAAUGAGACGCGAUUCGAGUUUCUCUUCACGGAUGUCUCCGGCGAGACGGCGCGUAGGGAGCAACCCAUCUUUGCCAGCAUUUUCGAUGUGCAUCUCUUAUAUCAGCGCACGUUUCUCUAUAGGGAUCUAAAGCUGCGGGGCGCCAUUGUGCAGGUGGGUCAGCUGAUUCUAUUGCCGGAUGAGCAGGUGUACAGCCAGGUGCAGGGCGUUUGGAAUUUGUCCAGCGAUCAGGGCAACCUGGGCAGCUUUGUGGUGACCAACAUACGUCUAGUCUGGUAUGCGGAUGCCAAUGAGACCUUCAACAUCAGUCUGCCCUAUCUGCAGAUCGAGAGCCUGCGCAUACGCGAGUCCAAGUAUGGUCCCGCUCUGGUCAUACAGACUGCCGAGACUGGCGGCAGUUAUGUACUGGGCUUUCGCAUUGAUCCCGUCGAGCGCUUAAGUGAGCUCUUCAAGGAGCUAUGCUCCCUGCACACCAUCUACACAGAUCAGCCCAAUUUUGGCGUUCACUAUGACCCGGAAGAAGCGCGUAAGCGAGUAGCAGCCGCCGUCGAGGAAGCUGCGCAGGCAACGCAAUUCAAGAUCGAGGAUUAUCAUGAGCUGGACGAGCGACAGGAGCGUGAAAUUAAUACGAAGCUAAAUAGCUAUCUCGCCGCAGGCUGCGCAGGUGCGCUGUCAACGGAGCAACCGACACCGGCGCCUGUCUACUGCAAGGAACUGGGCUUUGCCAUGGAACGCAUACCGGACGGCUACAAGCUGCAGGAUCUGUGGAAUUUGAUGCCCACUAAAAUGACAGAUUACGAUGACUAAGAUACGAAGCAGAUGACCCCUUAAACGGAGGGCUAAACCCCGAUCUGACAUUAGAUCUCAUCAAGCUGCAGCCAAUAGCUGUAAGCCCUGGUUCGAACGCUUUACCAGUCAAAUUAGAUUCCAGCUGACUUUAUGCAUAUCUAAUCGAGAUCCAUUUUCCAAAUGUUUAAACAAUCAAAGACAACAAGAAAUUUACAUUAUGUUUGAUGGUUUUAUUGACGCAUACAACUAGCUGUGUGUUUCUCUUUCUUAAUGGUUUUGUCUCUUUUAAGUAGUUUUGCUCUUAAGUUCGCUUUAUUCAAUGAUUUUAAUUUUGUUUCUUGGAAUUAAAACUCGAAACUUGAAUAAUGCUUGGGGCUUUCAGAUAAGCUCUGAGUGUUAGCUGUGUUGCCCAAUUCGUUGGUAUCUCAAUGCUUACAAAUUAUUUAUUUGUAGUUUUACAUGUUGUUACUAUUCAUUUAUUUUUGUGGAGUUUCGGUUU